AUGUCCAUAUCCAAAGGUCCAUCUGAGAAGGGCAGCAAUAAGCUGGUUCAUGAAUUCUUCGAUCUGCAAAUGUCUGCGAACAAAAUUCAUGUGAAUGUCUGCGAACAAAAUUCAUGUGCCACGAAUAAGGAAUGCGAACCAGGGCUUAAAUCAUCGGAGAAGAAUUACUUGUUAGCACUUUGUGAAAGCAAAAGGAAUAGUGAAUUUUUGCAACUUUUGGAGACUGUGGACAUAACAAAGGCUUCCUCACUGGACCAUGUGAUGAAUUAUGGAGCAAAGAAUGUCUCAAAUGUCAUCUUUAGCUACACCUUUGACAUUCUAAAUUUAAAGGGUGAGGAUAUUAUUUCAAAGUUUAAAGAGUUGCAUGCCAAGCUGGAGAUCAAACCUUCUUUUGCCUCCUAUGAGAAGCUCAUUGCUUAUACUUGUGAUUUAUACGAGGUGCUUUUGGCUCUUGAUAUAGUUGAUGAAAUGUCUGAAGCUGGAUUGACACCAUCCAUAGACACACUAAACUCUGUUUUGAUUGCUUGUGACAAGUCCUUAACAUAUAAUUUGAGUUAGCAAGUCUAUUCAACUAUCUGCCACCUUAACUUGAAGGCAAAUAGCGAGACCUCCAGGCGCAUGAUAAGUUUAAAUGUGAAAAUGUGUGAUUUUGAUGGUGCAUAUGCAAUGCUCUGUGAUGAAAAUAAAAUGAACUUGAUGCUGACUGCAGACAUGUACAAUGCUAUAAUGGAUGGGUAUUUUCAGAAGGUGACUUUUUCACUCUCGAUAUAUGCUAUUGAAUAUAUGAUGUUUGCAGAUGUGAAACCCAAUUCUCAAACUUUCAGCCACCUGAUAGAAAAUUGUAGCAAUGAAAAAGAUAUUGUCAAGUAUUAUGAAGAAAUGACGUGCUGCAGAGUUCAAGCUACAAAGCAAGUCUUCAUGGCACUUAUUACUGCAUAUGCAUCUUGUGGAGAGUUUGAGAAGGCAAAACAGGUGAUCUUAGACAAAUGUAUUCUAGCUGAAAGCCUAAAUGAAAUCAAAGGAUCACUUGUCUUAGCUCUUGCAUCGAAUGGACAAAAGUUUGAUGCCCUUGUUAUAUAUGAAGAAAUCAAGCAAGCUGGAUGGAGAUUGAAGCCUAAAGCUGCCUUUGAUCUUAUUCUUCAUCUCCUUUCGGAAGAAAACUUGAGUAUAUUGAUUCAGAUAUUGGAGGAUUUGAAAGAUUCACCCUAUUGGCUUGUUGGUUGCGAAGCAGUGAUUGUGGUCGCUGUUGGAUGCAGGACCAGUUUGCCUAUGUUGAUCCUCUUUCAUUCUAGCUAUGCGGUUCCUUUACUUAAGCAACUCAAGGAUGAAAUCAAACCUAGUCGUUUUGUUUCGGAAGUCUUUUUGUUUCAGCUAUUCUAGGCAAUAGCAGAAGAGCCCACCGAUUCACAAUUUGGCUUAGACUUGCUUCGGAUCAUGAAGAACAAACUUGACCUUGCUCUACUACCUGAAUGUUUUGAUUUUCUUCUCAGUGUUUGUGUGAAAGAGAAAAAUCUGCAAAUUUCUCGUUUGAUUUGGAAAGAAUAUAAGACAGCAGGUUUACCUUAUGUUACUUUAAAUUUUUGCAGGAUGUAUCGAGCCCUUUUGGUUUCAGGUGAUCGUCGAGGUGCAAGGAAAAUACUUAGUAAAAUUCCGAAAGACGAUCCCAAUAUCCGUAUGCUAAUUAGGGGUAAUAACCAUGAAAAUUGGUUAGAAUCGGAGGUUUACUGGGGUCCUAGUUUCAGUUUCCUACCUGGAACUGGCCUGCAGAGGGUAGCAUAGGUUUUGGUUCCAAAACCGGGGUUAUCGUACCCUAUUGGGAAUCAAGGGUUCAGUGAUAGUUCAUAAAGUCAUGGGGGUACUAUGUAAUUUUCCAUUUACCGUUUACCAAACAAAUCUUACU